AUGGAUAAAUCGUUGUCGUACUGCAGCCUUGGUGACCCUUGCGCCCUUGUCGUGCAAGUGCUUGGACAUGUGGUGGACGACUGGUACGAGUGCAAGGGCAUCUCCCCGGCACAAAGUUUCAGGCUGAGAUCACCGAUUGAUCUGCAGGCCGGCAUCCAUACUUUCUAUGACUUGGUUUUGCUCUCCAAAGACCCCAUGAGCUUAGGCUUUGGUGUGGACACUCAGAGGGUCAAAGACUUCCACCUUGGUGCCAACUUCAUGCAGGUGAACACUAUCAACUUCAAGUCCACGUCAAGAGGCGCAUUGGAUCUGCCCAUGAUCCUUUAUCCCUUUCGAGCACGUCAACUCAUGGAGCUUGAUCUGCCACUUGGACUUCGGCAAGAUUGGGCACGCAGAUUCUUCAACUCAAAUGGCAAGAUCUAUGUCAUCUAUGAGUUUCACCGCCAUUGGACUUUGCUGGCUGGUCAACUCAUGGAUAAGAUGGAAUGGUGCCAUUUUGAUGGACUUUCGACCGAAGGAUCACAAGUGCAACUGCAAUGCGCCAAACAUGUAGCGACCAGACUUUCCCAUUGCCUUGGACUUCGCAUGGGUGGUCUUACAUCUUCCAGUGGGCAACAACAAAGCCACGCACACACUUGUGGAACUAUCGCGCUGCACAACAUGGCAGUCUCCCUUCGAUUGGGCUCAGUACUUCCACUCUUGGCAGAACAUGAACUCCACCAAUGGUUCUUUCAGCUUUGCUCUGCACAGCCAUCUGUGAUAGCCAAGGGGAAGACCAAUGAGCAAGAUCCUUUGACUCGCAUGCUGAUGGACAAAGGAGUCCCCAGCCAAGCAGUUGCGGACAGAGCAAAAAUGGUGAGGCACCAACUCGGGCAUCAGCAAGUCCAACAAGCUCUACAAGCCAAAAACCCCUGGGCGGCCCUCAAGGCCGCGGCAUCAAAACCAGGCAAGAUGUUCAGAUUAAUCACGGAGGAGGAACUCCAGCAGCAUGUCCACCACAGAGCACAGACGAAGCACGGCGCAAAGAUUCAGAACGCCAAGACCAAGAAGAAUGCAGCCCAGAGAAGUGGACCAGUCCAACUUGAUCCAGAUGACUUCAAAUUGGACGCGCAGCAUUUCCAAGAUGAUGAUGGGAACCAAGUACCACAACUUCAUUUCCAGGACAUUGCACAGCUUGAACCCAUUAUCUUCCCGGCACUAUGCAUUUCCACAGAUGAACACACCAUCAUCAUGGGAUACAUUCUCCAGCUGGGUGACAAGACCAUCAAGCGAAAAAUGGCUGGCAACGAAAGUGAGCCAGACACAGUUGAGACCCAGGUGAUCAAGCUUCAAGUUUUCAAAGACCAACUUGAAAUGGCAUGGGAUCGAUUUGCAACUGCACCUGUGCGUCACCUCAUUCAGAUGAUGGAGGCUAUGCAACUCUGCAAAGGCCAACGUUGCGGCAUUGAUUGCUGCAAACACCAUCCUGGGGUCGAUGAAACCUUGGAUGCAGUAAUCAUGGAAGUCUGGUCUCGCAACUUUGUGGAUGACAACGGCAAAAAAACGGAUCCAUCAUCAGCUGACACCUUCACAGUAUUCUUGCGAAUUCCUGAGAGUGCUCUGAUGAAGAUCCUUACCACCUCACCAUUGGGAGUCUAUGUGGAACCCAGGGGCAAGCAGCCCAGGGAGCAUGACGACAAGUUCAAAGUCAUCUGGCUACCAGGCUCUUCAUUCACGGAGGCUCAACAUCAGUGCCGAACAUACUCCAAAUCACUCUGCCUGGUUCGACUCAAGCUCAAGUAUGGCAUCCGGGUCAAACAAUGUGAUGAAGCGGCAGCAUGGGCCAAGCUCAGACCAGGGGUGGAAUUUGUGGACAUGAGCAUACAGCAGAUCUACGAAAUCUUCCCACUGCCACAUGGCACCCAACGAGCAGCCAUCAACAAGAUCCUUGCGGAUUGGUCAUGGAAAGCACGUGCCCUUCAACCAGGACGUGGCAACUUCCACCACAUGGCUUGGAGAAUUGGAUCAGCCGAAACCCCGCCUGCCAAUGUGUUGACCGCCUUUGGGGCUGACGUGAUCAUCAAGGAGAUCAAGAACCUGCAGAUCCCUGAAACCAAGCCGACCAUCUACGCACCUGCGAAAACACAGAAGCACUUGCGUGAAACUCCAGCGCCAUCUUCGGCAAGAUCCUCCGGCAAUUCUGAUCCAUGGCUUGAAAAAGACCCAUGGGGUGGCUAUGCCAAGACCACCACAACCCCAUCAGCAGGCCGACACUACAAAGCUGAGUUUCAAGACCAGAUUCGCGAAACAGUGGGGACCGCACUCAAAGAGCAGCACCACAAAGACAUCCUGAUGACUGCUCCAGCCAAUGAUUACUCCACCGAAACCGAACAGAGGUUCGUUGCAAUUGAAUCAGGUCUUCAUGAGCUCAAGGCCCAGAAUGGUCAGUUCUUGCAGUGGUUUCAACAAACUGGCGAAAGACUCCAGCAAAAUGAGAGUAUGAUGCAGGAUGUUCAAGACAAUGUGCAACAGCAUGCGAGUGCACUUCAAUUGAUGUCGGCAUCACUCACCAACUACGAGCACACUAUCGGUGAGGUCCAACAGACACUGAACCUGCACCAGCAGGAGAUUCAUGCAAUGGGCACGAACUUCAGUGCUACGAUGCGCACCAUGAAGGAUGACCUCUCAGGAGAAUUGAUGCAGUCGUUUGAUCAGCAGUUCAAUAAGCUGGAAGCUCUGCUGGAGAAACGUCACAAGACAAGUUGA